ACAUUUUGAGUGUCUGCAGUUCUCCUAUAUACUUUGCUCUGGAAGAAUCUAUUUAUGAGUCUCCAAGAUCCAUUGGCUUUCCUAUAAUCGUUACAAGAUGAGCAAUCAAAUUAUCGUUUCUGAUAUUCAAAACUUGACUCACUCUUUGGACCGGACAAUACAAGGUUACUUAGAAGCAUUUGAAACGCAUGUGAAGGGGCAUUUUGACUGGUUGGAGGCUUUUUCUGAACCGCUACGAAAUUUAGAUAAAACCAUUCUUAGAUCCAGAGAGGGGCUAUUUACUUCGUUAUCGAGUGACUUGACUUUUGAAGUUAGUUCUUUGAAGGGCCUGGAAUACGGGUUUGACCUUGCUAACUUUGAGUCAUGCUACGUAGACAUGGGCUCGAAGUUUAUAGCAAACAUACACAAAUUAUCCUCUUCGAAAGCCAAGUUGGGGUGUCCAGCUCUAGAAAAUGAGAAAACUGGUUCGCAGAAAGGGCAUCCAGAGAGACUGUUUGACGAGUCGCACGGCUUGGCUAAAGAUUGCAAAAUUCUGCCGUUUGAGGGGGCGGCUGAUGAAUAUGAUCUGAAAACUCGCGGCGAGGCGCCAGGUUUCGAGCGUAGGGGGGUAGAGGCGUUGAACGAAGUGACGGGAGUAGGAGGCGGUGUUCCAGUCUUAGAGGAGCGGCGAGAGACGGGCGAAGAAAAAAAGCGUUGUGUAUUGAAUUUAGAGAGUGACAAAAUUGAUUUGGCAGAUUGGAGGUCGGGCAUCGGAGGAGCGUCUUUUGUCAAAGAUUCCUGCGCGGUGGAAUCGGGGAAGGAGGUGGAGGAAGUGAGUGAAGGGAAGUGGGGUGUAGAUGGCCGAAGAGAUAGAAGUUUGGGAAAAUCAGUUGACGAGGAUGGGCAUAAGUUGUCUAUGACAGGUUUCGGGUACAAUUGGACAGGUGUUAGCAUGGAACGUGAAAACCAGCACCGUUUGAGUGAGUUGAAUCAGGGUGUUGCGGGAUCCUCGGGCGUGCAGGAUGGGAAAGUUUCGUUCAAUGAUCAGCCUGCAAAAGGUGAGUACAGGAGUUUCGAAUUGAAUUUUGAUGGGGUGAAGAGACAAGAGAAUGAUAGGGGAGAGCUGGAACGUGAUGUUGCAAAGAGCGAUGUUAGAAAAUUUUUUCGCUCUGGCGAAAAGGAUUGCUUAUACGAUAUCGUCAGGAAUGAUACGGUAAGGAAUUCGGUUAAGAGCCGUCAAAGCGAUGCAGAUGUGGGUGAUUUUUAUCGUCAUAUGUUUCUACCUGAGGAGGUGCAGCCAUUGUUCAGGGAGAAAGGGGCACCUGAUGAACAGAGGGUCUAUGGGGACGUUGAGUGUCUCGAUAGAGAGGGAGAGAGGAAGAAGGAUUGGUUAGGGGCAAGUGAAGAGUAUAAGGGGGUGCAUAAGUGUGGUAGCGCGACCAGCGGUGUUGAUUGCGAUUUCGAGGGGGUGAGUGCAUUGAACGAGCCGUAUAAGGAGAUUGAGCAUACAGCUGGUAGUAGUUUUCGAAUUGAGAGAUUGUCCACGCUGAAUGUGGGAGAUGGAGAUGAGGUUAAAAGAGCGAGUGGGGAUGGAGAUAUGGCAAUGGCCGAAAAAUCGCUGGAGACGUUUGUGAAUGGGGAAAAUGGUGCGCUGGGACUCAGAUCUGGUUGGGAGGCAAAUUCAUAUUGGCCGGAGGGGUGGAAAGAGGAGAAUUCAGAGGAGGCGCGCGAGGAGAAAGUGAAUAUGUAUGACAAGUUAGACACAUUGAUUCAGGAAUUGGGCAAUCCGAGUGACAAGUCAUCGCCGGGAAUCACACGAGAGGUGGAAGACGAGGAGAAGAGAUAUGAAUUUUCAGCUAACGGGGAAGUGGCGUUGGAGAGCGGUGAAGAAAAAAAGGCAGGGUGGAUCAUCGGGGGCGAUGACGUUGAAAUGGGCGGCAUGAGAAAAGAGGAUCCGAACGUGACGGCUGACAGAACUAGCUCUUUUUCAAAUGCAGAGGAAGAGCAUAGAGAGUCGAAUCCUGAAGGGAGCAAUUUUUUGUAUGAACAAGCGUUAAAAGAGAAUAUUAUUAAUUGCGGUCUGAAAGAAGAAUCCGACAGGAAGGAUUCUGGAUAUAUGAGCAAGUUGCGGUAUUUCAUGAAACACACGCCGCGUGCCGAGGCGAAAAAUUGUGAGACACACGAAACGCCAAAGACUAACAGAAAGAGGCAUCGAUUAUUUGGAAAGGGCGCUUUGGUAUUCAAGAAAGAAGAUUUAGAGGGUUGCGAUACACCGUCGAGUCACAAAAAGACACCGAAACCCAGUAUUUUGAAAAUGGUGGCGAAUUCUUUGUCAUUUAUGUCUUCUGGAAAAAAAACACAAAAAAGCUAUCUAAAGACACCUACCCCCUUUUCAUCGCGUAAGGAAGGUAAAGCACCUGACCCAUUACGAGACUCCCCAAUGAAGCGGGCUAAUGUUGAACGUUUGACCCAGCAGCAAAAUGACGUCGCUCAAAAAGCUUCGAUUUACCAUGCAGAUCAACCAACGUACACCAUGGAGCAAUGCGCUACGCAAUGCGCUACGUAUUCAGCGGUUCAGCCUGAUUUACCUUCCCUCAGGCCUAGCUCUCCGGUUGACUCCUGCGCCUCGCUUCAUCUUAACUCGACUACCUUCGAUCCGCCUCGUGCUUCUCAUCCUAUUGUCGAUUCAAUAAGUUCCAACCUCUUACAAAAGAACAGCCACCAUGCUGAGUCGAAACCAGAAGACCGUCAGCAAUCACCGCCCGUCGCUGUCUCCCCUGAACCGAUUGGCUGCCCGACUUCAACCGUCGACUCUCCUUUGCAGGAAUUGGACGAUUCAUGGUGCCCCCCCUUGCCGGAGGAUCCCCUGCCCUGGACCAGAGAAGAACAUCUGAUCCCGCAUCUACGUCGUCAAAGUUCCCUGGACCCCGAUGUAGUGUUCAAAGAUAUCUCCAAAUUAUGCGACUUGGAAGCCAUUUUCAACGAAAGGCCAUGUCCUAAGCCCGAACCCAGAAAAUACCGAGUUCUGAAUUCAAACCUUGCCCAUUUGAUGUACAGAGACGGACGUACCAAAAAAGAACUCAAAAAAAAAUAAAUCGUCCUAGCCGAGAUGAUCAAG